UCUCUUUAUAUUUUACUUUGCUUGUUUGGCUUCGUUCGUCGAAUCUAAUCUUCCAUUUUUGCGACAGUGACGAAGUGCUUUUGAUUAUUAAUGAUGAAAUUUUCGUAAAUUGAUUACUGGUUAGUUAUUGUUUUAUGGAGUUGUGAAAAUUUGAGUUAUUGAGAUAAUGAUAAUGGAGUCUAAGAGAAAAAAGGAAUCGCCUAGCUCCGCCGGGUCAACUCAGUUCCCAGACGAGGUACUCGAGCGAGUGCUCGCUUUCUUAACUUCACACAAAGAUCGAAGCUCAGUUUCUCUGGUUUGUAAAGACUGGUACAACGCAGAACGGUGGUCCAGAACUCACGUGUUUAUCGGCAACUGUUACUCGGUUUCGCCGGAGAUUUUGGCGCGCCGGUUCCCCAAUAUUCGCAGCGUCACUCUGAAAGGGAAGCCGAGAUUCUCGGAUUUCAAUUUGGUUCCGCAAAACUGGGGAGCUGAUAUUCACGCGUGGCUCGUGCCUUUUGCUGAUAAAUAUCCGUUCCUUGAGGAACUGAGGUUGAAAAGAAUGACCGUGAGUGAUGAGAGUUUGGAGUACUUGGCUGCAAAUUUCCAGAAUUUUAAAGUGCUUUCUCUUUUGAGUUGUGAUGGAUUCAGCACUGAUGGUCUUGCUGCAAUUGCUACACAUUCCAAGAAUUUGACUGAGCUUGACAUCCAGGAGAAUGGUGUCGAAGAUAGAAGUGGAAGUUGGUUGAGCUGCUUCCCUGAAAGCUUUACAUCAUUGGAAGUACUGAACUUUGCCAGCAUGAGUGCUGAAGUUAAUUUUGAUGCACUUGAGAGACUUGUCUGUAGGUGCAAAUCAUUGAAGGUGUUGAAGGUUAACAAAAGUAUUUCUUUGGAACAAUUACAAAAGCUACUUACUCGUGCUCCUCAGCUAGUGGAACUUGGUACUGGUUCCUUUUCACAAGAGCUCACUACCAGGCAGUAUGCAGAGCUAGAAAGUGCAUUCAACAAUUGCAAGAAUAUACAUACCCUGUCUGGUUUAUGGGAAGCAACUGCUUUAUAUCUCCCAGUUCUAUACCCUGCCUGUGCAAAUUUGACAUUCUUGAAUUUGAGCUAUACUGCUUUGCAAGGUGGUGACCUUGCCAAGCUGCUUGUGCACUGUCCACGUCUUCAGCGUCUUUGGGUCCUGGACACGGUAGAAGACAAAGGGCUGGAGGCUGUUGGUUCCUAUUGUCCAUUGCUCGAGGAACUCCGUGUUUUUCCUGCUGAUCCCUUUGAUGAGGAAAUUAUCCAUGGGGUAACUGAAGAAGGGUUUGUUGCUGUCUCUUUUGGCUGUCGGAGACUCCACUAUGUCCUUUACUUCUGCAGGCAAAUGACUAAUGCUGCUGUAGCAACCAUUGUACAGAAUUGCCCGGAUUUCACUCAUUUCCGUCUUUGCAUAAUGAAUCCAGGACAACCAGAUUAUCUGACAAAUGAACCCAUGGAUGAGGCUUUUGGUGCUGUAGUGAAGACUUGCACUAAACUCCAAAGGCUUUCAGUUUCAGGUCUCUUAACUGACUUGACAUUUGAGUACAUUGGGAAAUAUGCCAAAAAUUUGGAAACCCUUUCAGUAGCUUUUGCUGGCAGUAGCGGCCGGGGGAUGGAGUGUGUACUUGGAGGUUGUCCAAAGUUGAGAAAACUUGAGAUAAGGGAUUGCCCAUUUGGGAAUGAAGCACUGCUCUCAGGUUUGGAGAAGUAUGAAUCCAUGAGAUCACUUUGGAUGUCAGCUUGCAACGUGACAAUGAAUGGUUGUAGGCAAUUGGCAAGGAAGAUGCCUAGGUUGAAUGUAGAGGUGAUGAAGGAAGAUGGAAGUGAUGACAGUCAAGCUGAUAAGGUUUAUGUUUACCGCACUGUUGCUGGGCCAAGAAGGGAUGCCCCUCCUUCUGUACUCACUCUCUGAUGUUUAAAGCUACUUGGUAAUCUCUCUCUUUCACAUACACACACACACACACAUGAAUAGGGGCCCACAAACUGGUAAUAUCCCAACUAGAUAUUUUAGUAGGCCUUAUGCUAAUGAAAUCCUGCACCUUGACGGUUGAGGCACAAGUGUCCACUUGGCAUCCGUUAAGAAAUUACUUAUG